CCAGCACCACUGCAUUAAUAAGCUCAUCUGCGGCAGCAAGCAAGCUCCUCCCUCCGCCACUCCUGCCUGUCCACCAUGGCCACCGGCGGGAGCGGCGGCGGCGGCGGCGCCACGAGAAGAAACUGCUGCGGAGGCUUCUGCGGGUUCCUCUUCACCGUCGGCUUCAUCGUGCUCAUCUACUGGGCCAUCUUCCAGCCCCACCACAUCCGCGCCGCCGUCGACUCCGCCACCCUCUCCAACCUCACCGUCUCCAAUAACGCCGCCUCCGCCGCGGACGUCUCCUACCACCUCGCGGUCAAGCUCAGCCUCUACAACCCCAGCGCCCGCGUCAACAUCUACUACGACGCCCUCGACGCCGAGCUCCGCUUCCGCGACGCCGUCGUCAUCGGCCCGGCCGCCAGCGACACCUCCCCGUCCGAAUUCUACCAGCGCAGCAAGACCAACGAGGUGGUGAAGGUGGAGUUCGACUACGGAGCGCAGGGCGUCGCCGUCGCUGGCGACGUCGCCGGGGAGCUGGAGAAGGAGAUGAGGAGCGGGGGGCCGGUGAGCUUGGAUCUGCACGUGGGCGUGCAGGUGAGGUACGUGUUCAGGAUGUUCAAGCUGCGGCAGAAGCCGAGGAUCUGGUGCCCGCUGAGCAUUCCCGUCAGGAAGGAGAGCCGGGGCCGCGGCGUCGGUGGCCUUCUUGUCUCCGGCGACCGGUGCAGGGUCAAGUACUGAUGAUGAGUGCUGGUUGUUUACUUAAUUUUGUGUUUUCUUAUAUUAGCUUGCUUGUGAGAUACGUACGUGAGCCAUUAUUCUCAGUCUGAUUCUUCGUGCGUAGAUGGUCGUUGAGGCGAUUGAUUGCUGCACACACUACUACGAGUAACGCUGUGUUCUUAAUCUUUCUUUCGCUGUUGUUUGCGCAUUGACAAUAAAAUUUGUAAAAUUACGAGGUAAUUUCAUGAUCAGUAUAUAUCAUGGUCGCACACAUGCAUGAUGUAUACAUGUUCAGGUCUCCCAAAAUAUA